AUGAGCGCUGGUGGGGGAGACGGUGGUAGCCCCGGCGGCGGGGAACUACCGCAGCAAGAUCCCACCUCGCCUUCUGUGCCGCCUCCACUGCCGCCUGGGACAGCAGCUGGGAAAGCGACUGGAGUCCCACCCGGACCGGGCCCCAGUAGCCGCUCCGCGAAGGGCGGAACUGGCCAGAGCGAGAAACCCGAGACCCGCUCGGUGUGUAGUAACAGCAGCUGGGAAGCCGGCGGGGGCGGUGCCGGCCCCAUCUGCAAGAUCUGCUUCCAGGGCGCUGAGCAGGGUGAGUUGUUAAAUCCUUGUCGAUGUGAUGGGUCUGUAAGAUAUACACAUCAACUUUGCCUAUUGAAGUGGAUCAGCGAAAGAGGAUCAUGGACUUGUGAACUCUGCUGUUAUAGAUACCAUGUUAUAGCAAUUAAAAUGAAAAGGCCUUGCCAGUGGCAGAGCAUUACUGUAACUCUGGUUGAGAAAGUGCAGAUGAUUGCUGUAAUUUUGGGAUCACUAUUCUUAGUAGCAAGUGUAACUUGGCUUCUGUGGUCGGCCUUCAGUCCCUAUGCAGUAUGGCAAAGAAAAGAUCUCCUUUUUCAAAUCUGCUAUGGAAUGUAUGGUUUUAUGGAUCUAGUAUGCAUAGGACUUAUUGUACAUGAAGGUGCAUCAGUCUGCAGAGUAUUUAAGCGUUGGAGGGCUGUCAAUUUGCACUGGGAUGUGCAAAAUUAUGACAAAGCAACAGACAUAGAAGAGAGCAGCCGAGGAGAAUCCUCAACAGCUAGGACUUUGUGGCUACCACUAAAUGCAUUGAGAAACAGAAAUUUAGUUCAUUCAACACAGUUAACUUCACCAAGAUUUCAAUGUGGCUAUGUUUUGUUACAUCUCUUCAGUCGAAUGAGACCUCAGGAGGAUUCAUCAGAUGACAACAGUUCUGGAGAGGUUGUUAUGAGAGUGACUUCAGUGUAA